GGGAAAAUGCAAUCCAGGCUCAGUUUGACGGGAGUUUUAUUGGCCACAGCCUGCCUGCAUUUCGUCAGGACAGCCAAACUAAACGAUGGGCCUCCGAAAAAGUAUGCAAUUCAAGUGCAGGACUCAUACAUCGACGAGGUACCAAAGUUUGGAACAGUGAUAAAAUUCAAUAUUGACAUGGCAAACACUGCCGAGGGGAAAGCUCCGUAUGAAGUCACAAUCUCCCCCGACCUCUGCUGUCUGGAAAUAUCCCAGAAUGACUUUGAUUGUGACUCAAUGCAGCUGCGACCCCCAAAAACACUCCACUUGGGCCAGAUUGACAGAUUCGACAACAAGACCGGAAGUGUUUCUUUCCUCUUUCGAAACUUGUAUUGUAGGUUCAGGAAAGGAAACUGCACAUUCAUUAUCUCCACUGAGGGAAAGUCGCCCACCACGUGGAAACACACCAUUGUCUUGAAUACUUAUCCUCCAGAGGACGAUGAAGAUUAUGACCAGUGUGCAGGAUUGGACCAGGACCCGGACCGGUCUUGUUCGCCGGUCGACUGUGCCAUCAAGUACAAGGGGAAGCGAAACCACUACAACACAGUCACUGGUCACUGCGAGCCAGUGGCUAAGUGCCACACUCGAGCACCUGACAGAGUCACCAUUAUAGCAUACUAUGAUACGGAGCAGAACCUGUGCCACAGCCUCGAUCUGAACAGUAGCGACAACACAGUCUACCUGUCAGAGCUCUCCAUUGCCAACCCAGCCGACAGGGAGCUCAUGACAUCUCUACUGGCCUCUGUUGACGGAGAGAAAGUGAAAAUGGAGGACAUAGCAUUGGAUGUGAUGCUGGGGGCAGGGGCGCCACUCGACUGCAACCACGGAAUGCAGAAGGGGGACGUCUGUCUGUGUGAUCCAGGCUGGGUCUCCAGUGGACUGGACUCCAAACAACACACCCACUGGUGCGACGUUCUGGACGACACAAACCACCAGGUCUCGACCGGUCCCAUACGACUCACCUACAUUCAGGAGCUCUGCGCCAUCUUUGCUCUCUCAGUGGUGAACCUACUACUGUUUGUUGGUUGGAUUCUCCUGGUCACCUUCUGUCUCUGUUGUAGAAACAAGUGUCGUGCUAAAUCCAACACCAGUGAAAAACUAUAAUAGAUGCACACCA